GUGGGUGCAGAACUGCAGCAGCGCAGCACCGAGCAGGGAGGGAGGGGGCGACCCGGAGUCUUUGAAAGGAUAGAGGGCGAUGACCACACCGGCAGGCUCUGGCACAGGCUUCGGCUCCGUGUCCUGGUGGGGCUUGUCCCCAGCGCUGGACCUGCAGGCUGAGAGUCCUCCUGUGGACCCAGAUUUGCGGGAAGAUACCGAGCACACGACCCCCGAGCUAGAUGUACUGCUGGUGGGAUCCGUGGAUGGGCGGCACCUGCUUCGGACUCUGGCCCGGGCAGCUCUCUGGCCUCGCAGGAGGUUACAUGUGAGCCGGGAUUGUGGGGUGGGUGGCGAGAGGAGAAUGAAGUUCUAUGUGCUUGAGAAUAAUCUGGAAGCUGUAGCCCGACACAUGCUGAUCUUCAGCCUAGCCUUGGAGGGACCUGAGGAGAUGGGGCUGCAAGAGAGGAGCGAGACCUUCCUGGAGGUGUGGGGGAACGCGUUGCUGCGCCCCCAGGUGGCCGCCUUCGUGCGCGCGCAGGCCGACCGCCUGGCGCGCCUGGUCCCGGAGCCCCACCGCCUGGCGGAGCAGCUGCCCUGGCUCAGCCUGAGCGCCCUCAAGUUCCGCGAGCGCGACGCGCUGGAGGCUGUGUUCCGCUUCUGGGCCGGCGGGGAGAAGGGUCCUGAGGUCUUCCCCAUGAGCCGCCUCUGGGACUCCAGGCUGCGUCACUACCUGGGCUCCCGUUACGACGCCCGGCGCGGUGUCAGCGACUGGGAUUUGCACAUGAAGCUGCACGACCGCGGGGCCCGAGUCAUCCACACUCGCGAGUUCCGGCGUUGGAGGGACACAGGCGUCGCCUUUGAACUCAGAGACUCCAGCGCCUACCACGUGCCCAACCGGACCCUUGCGUCCGGCCGCCUCCUGAGCCAUCACGGGGAGCGUGUCGCAGCGCGCGGGUACUGGGGGGACAUCGCCACGGGACCAUUCGUGGCCUUUGGCAUCGAAGCGGACGAUGAGAGCCUCCUGCGGACCAGCAACGGACAGCCAGUCAAGACCGCGAGUGAGAUCACCCAGCACAACGUGACGGAGCUGUUCCGAGAGGUGGCCGCCUGGGGGCGCCCGACAGCCAACCACGGAACCCCUGAGCAGGUGCACGGCGAGGGCCCUGGAAGCCCGGAGCGCGCUGCCCCUUCCCCGGAAUUCACCGUUCACUUCCUGCCUCUCGGCUCUGCCCAAACCCUUCACCACAAGAGCUGCUACGAGGGACGGUUCCAGCUUCUCUACGUGGCCUGUGGGAUGGUGCAUCUUCUCAGCCCCGACCUCGGGGCUUGCGUGGCUCCCGGAGGAUACCUGAUCGUGGAAUUAGCCCGGUACCUGGUAGACCUGCGGCAAGAGCAGCUGCAGGGGUUUUCCGCCCGGGUCGGGGAGCUAGCUCAGGCGGCUGGAUUCACCCCGCAGAACCAGGACAGGCCCUCUGAGACCUUCGCACGCUUCUACAAGUCCGGGGACUCUGCUUGCCUCCGCAGCCACGCCGCUGUGCAAUCCACGACUCCGCCCCCUGGAGCCCUGGUCCCGCCCUCUGCACAAUCCGCGACUCCGCCCCCUGACGCCCUGGUCCCGCCCCUUGAGGCAGGGAACCCGCCCCCGGAGGGCCUGACCCAGCCUUCGGAAGGCAAGACCCCACCCUCUGAGCACCUCGAACUACCCUCAGAGCCUCGGGCUUCACUCUCAGAGGUUCAGGCUCCGCCCACAGGGAGUCAGACCCCAAAACCAGAGAGUCUGCCCCGACUGCCAGAUGCCCAGCCCCCCCAUCUCUGACCUCUAGUCAGGUCCCGGAAGUAGAGCCCGCCUGUAGAAUACUCAGUUACACUCUCAACAUUCUCAAUCAGCUUCAGAGGUGUUGCUAGAAUUUCAGAUUACAUUCCUGGGAUGCUAUAGUCUGUUCUUAGAAUUCUAGAUGGUUCUCUCAGAGUUCUCUAUCCCAUUCCUGAGCCUCUACACACAGCCUGGCGAUCUGGCCCUGAGGCUCAGGCCCUCUGUGUGGUCCCCUUGUCGCCAGAGGUCCUGUUUUAACUGGGGUUUGGGGUGGUCUGCUCUCCAGGGCUAGUCAGCACCCACAUGGUCCAAGUAAAGAGAGCGGGGUCCUCUUCUCCGUGUGCCCGUGUAGCUUUCCUGUCCUCAGUCUUGUCUCCAGGGCUGGGGGAGGGGAGGGCCUAGGGUGGUCAAGAGAGGAGACCUAGUUCCAAGUAAACGAGAAGUGGGUUUCUCUGUGCUGUUGCCUGCGAGAGUCUGGGCCACACUUGGAUCCUGAAAUAAAUCAAAAUUUAUUGAGUGGC